AUCUGUUGCGUUAAGCGGCUUCCGCCCUCUCCGGUCCUUUUCCUUCGCUAAAAGGUUCAUCAUGUCGGCUCAUCUGCAGUGGAUGGUCAUCAGGAACUGCUCCAGUUUCCUCAUCAAGAGGAAUGGACAGACUUACAGCACUGAGCCCAACAAUCUGAAGGCCAGGAACUCUUUCCGCUUUAACGGCCUGGUGCACAAAAAGACUGUUGGUGUGCAGCCUGCUGCUGAUGGCAAGGGCAUUGUGGUGGUGCUGAAGAAGCGCGCAGGCCAGAACAAACCUGCCAGUUCCUACAACAAGAUCACCAUCAACAAGAACUCCCGUGCCACGCUCAACAGCCUCAGGCACAUCAUUCGCAAGAACAGCUACAGGAAGGACCUGCGCAUGGCUGCUCUGCGUCGUGCAAGCGCCAUUCUGAAGAGCCAGAAGCCUGUCGUGGUGAAAAAGAAGCGCACCAGGGCCACAAAGACAGCAUAAGCUGCAACACAUGAUUAAUAAAUAAAAGAAAAUUUGUUUGGACGAAA